AUGAUCUCCCUCGGAGUAGCUGGUAUUCUCCUUGCCGCAUCGUCAGCCACAGCACUCGAUGCCGCCACACCGCCAACCGCAACAGUCCGAAAUGGCACCUAUUACGGCUACCACGCCCCAGCGUAUGGCACAGACAACUUCCUAGGCAUUCCCUAUGCACAGCCCCCAGUGGGAGAUCUCCGCUUCCGAGUCCCUCAACCUCUCAACUCCAGCUGGUCGGACCUCCGCAAUGCCACCGAGUAUGGGUACCAGUGUAUCGGGUACGGUAAAGAUACAUGGAGCCAAGGGAACUAUGUCGAUGAGGAUUGCUUGACGUUGAAUGUGAUCCGGUCCAGGGGCGCUGGAGAUGCGUUGCCGGUCUUGGUCUGGAUCCAUGGUGGUGGGCUCGUUAUGGGAGGCUCUUCAGAUCGCCGCUAUAACCAGUCUUUCAUCGUCCAGCAAUCAGCUCAGGCCGGCAUGCCGAUCGUGGCGGUCUCGAUCAACUAUCGCUUAUCGGCAUGGGGCUUCCUCUACGGCAAAGAGAUCCAGGACAGUGGUAACGCGAUGGCUGGCUUUCGCGACCAGCGACUAGCAUUGCAGUGGAUUCGCGAGAAUAUUGCGGCUUUCGGUGGUGAUCCAGAUCGUGUCACGAUUCAAGGCGAGAGUGCUGGUGGUACUUCUGUUGCUGCUCAGCUGCUGGCGUACAACGGACGUGAUGAUAAGCUCUUUGCUGGCGCAAUCGCGGAGUCUGGGAAUCCUGCUGGCGUUGCAGCAUAUCCGACUGCUGAUGACUGGGAGCCAGUGAUCGCCAACAUUUCUUCUCAGACUGGCUGCGGAAACGCUAGGCAAUCUGUCUUGGACUGCCUUAGAACAGUGCCAGUUGAGCGGCUCAAUGCUGUGCUGAACUCGACCGCGACCCGCGGCGCUCGAUAUGGCUUCGUGGUAGAUGGCGAUUUCAUCCAGGACUACGCCUCUGCGCAGCUUGAGCGAGGUGAUUUUGUGCGUGUGCCAUACAUUAUUGGUACCAACACUGAUGAAGGCACCGGCUUUGGCGGAGCCAACGUCAACACUUCGUCUGAAUUCCUCGAGUAUGUUCAGGAUCUAGGAUACGACAAUGCCACGGCACAGGAUCUCACAAUACUGUACCCAGAUAUUCCAGAGACCGGAAUCCCGGCGACCAUAGAAGGGCGACCAAACUCGACAAUCGGUCUCCAGUUCAAGCGGACGGCCGCUCUUGGUGGUGACUUGCGUAUGACGGCUCCAAGAAGAUUCGCAGCUCAGUGGUGGGCCAAGCAUAGCGUACCAGUGUAUUCAUACCGUUUCAAUGUGCUGGUAAGCGGCGGCAUUUUCCAGGUCUCUUUGCAACGUAGUGCUGACUCUGUCCAGGUGAACGGCAUCUCCUGGCUCUCCGGGGCUGUGCACUUCCAAGAGGUGGCCUUCGUCUUCUAUAACACCGAAGGCCUAGGAUAUCCUCAAAACGGUGGCCCAAAUCCCAUGGGAGGUGAAGAGCGUCCCAAGUACUUAAAGCUUGCCCAGCUCAUGACACGAAUGUGGAUAUCCUUCGCAAACUUUGGCGACCCAAAUCGGCAAUUGGGAGUUGAUGCAGAAGCGUGGCCAGCAUAUAGCGUGGAAGAUUCGAAGAACUUUGUGUUUGAACAAAACACGACUUCGCACGCCGAGCCGGAUUACUAUCGCGCCGAAGGAAUGGAGUAUAUUAGCGGCAUCAUCUUGGCAAACAGAGGUUGA